AUGUCUCAACAGAUUAAUCCACCAUUAGGCUCAGCCGACAUAGCCAAGUUAAGCAUCCCAACGUUACCACAAGUGACAACCGAACCACCAAAGCAAAAUGGAUUGUGGUCAUCAAACCCAGUUUUCAGUUACAUCAACGAUGUUUAUAUCACUAUAAACGAACACCGUAAGUCAUUGGGGUUAACCAACCCAGGAACAAUUGAAAACUUGAACAAAGAAGUUGCCCGUGAUGUGUUUUUGGGUCAAUAUUUCUUCACAGGGUUGAGAGCUGAUUUAAACAAAGCCUUUUCCAUGAUGCCAGCAUUCCAAACAUCCCACACUUUAAGUAUUGGCUCCAAUGUCUUACCAGCCUAUGCCUUCAGUGCUUUAUAUGCCACCGAUGAUUAUUUCUUGCAAGGUAAUAUUGACAAUGAUUUAUCAUUUUCUGGUAGAAUCAAUUACGGAUGGGACAAAUCAAACAUUUCCAAAGUUACAUUACAAUUAGCUCAUGGACAACCUUCGAUGAUCCAAUUAGAACAAGAUUAUCAGGCCAAUGAUUGCUCUAUCAAUGUCAAAACUUUGAACCCCAACUUUUUGUCGGGCAAUGAAUUCAGUGGAGUCGUUGUUGGAUCAAUUUUACAAUCGUUGUCAUCCAAGUUGGCAGUUGGUUUGGAAACCAUGUACUCCAAACAACCAUUAGCACCACCAGACACAGCUGUUUCUUAUGUUGCUCGUUAUAAUGCAGGUAAUUGGAUUGCCUCUGCUCAACUCCAGGCUCAAGGUGCUUUGAUUGCUAGUUUCUGGAGAAAAGUCACUGAUAAAGUUGAAGCUGGUUUAGAAACUCAAGUUGCUGCCACUAUGAAACAAGUCGCUGAUCCAUUAAUGGGUGUUGGUUUUGAACCAGUCAUUGAAGGUCAAACUACUAUUGGUGCCAAGUAUGAAUACAGAACUGCUGUUUUCAGAGGUCAAUUGGAUUCAAAGGGUAAGAUCAGUGCAUUUUUAGAAAAGAGAAUCAUGCCAACUGUUUCCAUAUUGUUUUCUGGAGAAAUUGAUCAAUUCAAGAAUACAUCUCGUUUAGGUUUGGGUUUGCAAUUUGAGGCUGCUGGUAAUGAACAAUUGAUGUUGAUACAACAAGGUUUAGUCGAUGCUAAUGGUAAUCCUAUCCCAGGUGCUCCAGCUCCAGGAGCUUUGUAA